AUGGAGAAACCGGAUGCUAAUACCGCUGCGCGGUCAAAGGCCGAUCGCCAAAGAAUCCAAAUGAGCCUGGAGCGCUCAAUUGAGGCACACAGACUCCGCAUGCUAAAGGCGAGAUCGUCAAAACUUGAUGCACGGGGGUCUUUAUGUGAAUGCAUAAACUGCGACGCAACGAGCAUGAAACCGUCUAUGACAUGUCGUAAAGCGGGUAAGCAGAAGCAGCAAAGGGAUGUAAAUAAGGAAAGGGUUGGAGGAUUUAUACAUGAUGUUUCACCAGUAUCAUCCCUGGUAAAUGCACCGCCGUCGCGCAGACAAUACAGCUACAACGUGAGUCUUCGCAAUGGAAACGUCGCGACUCCCAAGGUGAAUUCGUAUGCAUCUGGGUCGAAAAGAUCAUCUAGGACGGAAGUUCCCAGAAAGGUGCCAAAUGUAGUGGAGAUGUCGCAUGCUAAAGCUAUGGAUGCGCGUGAGGAUUCUGUUGUUCCUAGCACUGCUCGGGAAGUUGCAGUCAAUGAAGCUAACGUAUACAAAAAUGAUGCCGAAAUUGUGACUAGCGCAAGGGAGGGUGACAUGCUACCUGUCAACGAUGAUGAAUCUUCGACCACACUGCGAGAAUCUGCUCGCCAGGAAUGCGGAGGUGCAAGCUCGCGAACGGAUGAAAACAGCGAUUCUCUAUUGAACAGAAUCGCACGACGCCUAGGAAGUAUCAGAAUUGUGGACUCCAUGGGAGAAGAGCACCGCAUAGACACCAAUGAAUUGGAAAACAGGAUUUUGGAUGUGGUUGACAAGAUCGUCAAUGACAAGUUGGCCAGCAAAAACACUGAGGAGAAGUUAGUUAACAAUGAAAACACUGAUACGCAAAUGGCUGAUGGAGAUAUCAAUGCCACUGUUGUUCCCAUUGACCGUUGCAGUCCUAAGAAUGACGUACCGGAUAUGACCAAAGUCGAAUCGGAAGAAACGGUACCAUCGCCUAAGAGAGAAGAAUUCGGCGUCGAGGAAGAAACGGAUAACGUGUCCAUGAACAAGUAUAAGAAUGUGGUGGAUGUAUUAUUGGAUUACAUUUCCUGUGGUGUCGCGCAGAAGCCAAAGGCAACGCCAGAUGUUUUGAAACAGGAAUCCUAUAUUCUCGCAGACGCAGACUCCCUCCGCAUGAAUCAGGUAGUAUCGAAGACACCGGAUUACGUCGACCCAACGGUGGAAAAAACGAGCUUGUUGACGAGUGUCUUUUUUCGCGGGGAAGCUGGGAAAAGGUCCAACGCAUGUUGCAACGGCGGUGAGGAGAGACAUGUGCCCUCGGGGCCUCACUCCGUUUUCAUGAACGACACAGUGAGCAACAGCGGAGAUUUUGGCUUUAUAAAACCGAGUCACGCGGCUUUCAGAAAAGAGGCUAUGAGUGUUGCGCCGAGUAGACAAAUGUCACAAGCAAGCGCUAUCAGGCAUGAUGGACCCUUUAUGAACGUGGCGCCGAACUGGAAUCAUGGUGUCCAAUAUGUCAACCAUGCAAACAUGAUGAUGAACGGGCACAGCCCAUACCACUUCCAACACAUACCACCGCAAUUUGCGUGCAACCAAAACGCGGUUUAUCCUCCACAGUGGCCUGUCGUGCAAAACUACCAGAAUCAGUGCCAUCUAAUUGCACCUGCCCCGAAAAUGACGGACAGGCAAUUCACCGCGCCGUCGAGAAGACAGUCUCUUGUACGCCGCAACAUCACUGCUGUUCCAGGAGUCAAUGCUAUCAACAAGCCUCAGCGCGCAUUUGGAUCAAUGCAAAACGUUGCUGGUGUGCCAUUUGCGGCUUAUAAUAGGCCACGUCGAGCUGCCACGGCCAAUCGCUCCCCUAUGCCUUUCGGUGGCAUGGCAUCUCCCAUGGUGGCAGUACAGAGGCAAGCAACCGGAGUGCUGUACCGCAGAAACACCGGUAGAGCGCACGAGCAACAAGUCCAAGCUGCAAUGAUCUGA